UUAAUAGUAAUAAUUCAUUGCAAAUAAUAGAAAUGGAUAGUCUUGGAAAUCAUAAAAUUGACCACGAGUUGCAAAACAUGGCGCGUGACGUAAUGGCAAUUUGUGGGGAGCGAGACUUCGAAAAAAUUCUUGUGGAUUUACAAAAAACGCGUAGUGUUGAAAUAACUCUCAAUCGUAUUCUUGAUGGUAAUUUUCUCGAGGGUACAAAUUUAAAUUUAUGUUCUUCCAAAGAAAAAGAAGAUCUCUCUUCACUUUCAAUAACAAAUCACAGAGUUACAACAUCUAUUGAUUUGAGUAAAGGAAACAUAACAAAAGAAAAAGGAAAAAAAGGAAAUGAAGAUAAAAAUAAAGAUUAUGAAGAUUAUGAAGAUUCGACUUUGUCUCAAACAUCUUCAAUUUAUUCAAAAGCAAGAUCUUAUUUCAAUAACACUAUAAGUCCAUUAAAUUGGGCUACAAAAGAUGAUUUUGAUGAAUUUGAAGAAAUAGUUGAUUUGACAAAUGGAAAUCAAUCAACCUUCCGUGCCAAAGAAUUAGAGAAAUUGGAACGUCAACGUCAAAAGGAGGAACAAAAAGCUGAGAAACAGAAACAAAAACAAUUUCAACAAGUCAACAAGUUAAAAUAUGAUAAACAAGAAAUGACAAAAGAAUUGAUCAUUGAUAUUGAAAAUAAUUUAAUGGAGGAACCUUUAGGAUCUUUAUUAAGAGAGAUAUUAGAAUCAAAGUUGAUAAUAAUUAAUGUAUUUCAACAGCAACGUGACCAACAACAACAAAAUGUUCGUGAUGACAAUGAUGUUCCUGAUGUUUACAAAAUUAUUAAAUGGAGAAGAAAAGUUAAAGCGGAAUGGAAUGAAGAACUUGAUGCUUUUGUACCAAUUCCCGAAAUAAUUAAAGAAGAAAAAUACAUUUUAAUUUAUUUCGAAAUUCAAGAAUUUAUUAAACUUAUAGAGGAAGAUAUUUUACACAAAAAGAUAAAUAAUUUGCAAAGGAUAUUUAAUGAAAAACAACUAGUUAUAUUGAUUGAAGGGUUUGAUGAGAAAUAUACAAAAUCAAAAUCCAAAUCCAAAUCCAAAUCUAUACGUAAUCAAGGACCGGAUAUUGACAAAAUAGAAGAGGAAUUAAUUUUUUUACAACUUAUUGACAAAUGUUUAAUUGUACAUACCAAAGAUAUUGAAGAAACCGCCGAGAUGAUUGGAAUUCUUUCUUCGGAUAUUGCAACAAUUCCCUACAAACAUAAUAAUGGGAAUUUUAAUUUUUGGGUGGAAAAUCAAAUCCGAGCUGGUAAAGAUUGUAGCGAUACAUGGUUACGCAUGUUGCAAGAAAUUCAACAAGUUACUCAACCUGUUGCCAAAGGAAUAUUGAAUAUAUAUCCAACAGUAAAAUCAUUAUACGAAGCAUAUGAAAGAUGUAGUAAUCAAGAAGAAGCAGAGAAUUUAUUAAAUGAAGUUGAGAUUCCAAGCACAGGUUUAGGAAGGCGGACAGCAGUUAAUUUAGACUCGUUGAAUAUGAGAGAAUCAUCAAGCACAGAGAUACCAACACCCACUCAAAUUCAACAUGAUUCUAGUGAAAUAACUAUACCUCCCACAAAAGGUCAUAAUGAUUCAUGUCAAUUAACUGAAGAUUGUAGUUGCCAUGUGAUCGGGGAAUGUGAACCUUGUGAUGAGAAUGAAUUGGCAGAGAAAUAUUGUAUUAAUUAUGGAAAUAAAGAACCUAUAGAAUGUCAGUGGGUAAACAACAAUACAGAUCAUACAGGAAUAUCAUUACCGAAAUUUCAAUCAUGUAGGCGGGUUAAAAAAGUGGAGAGAGCUAAAUAUUUUGAAUUUCAGUUUGUGAAUAUAGUAUUCGCAUUUUUAUCAUGUACACUAUUAUUUUAUCGUCGACGAAAACUUGCGGCUGAUAGUUAUAGAAAAUUAGUUGGUCGCAUUGCAACCGGCAAAGUUUCACCACAUGGACCUAUACUAUUUUACGAAUGA